UGGCAAUUUACAUGACGCAAUACGUAGACAACGAUGGGAUGAAUUAAGAUGCAUGAUAAGAGCCCAGCCACUACUCGUAAAUGGGAGAUCUGGUGGCAUGACGUCAUUAUAUUGGUUAGUGUCGUCCGACUACGCGCCAGAAAGUCUUGUGCUGGAAUUUUUAGACGUUGCAACAGAAGAAGCUGUCGACGACGUUAACCCCUUUGAUGACAGUAUUCUACAUCUACUGGCUCUUUAUGGACGUACAGAUGCGCUACAUCGUGCUUUGGGAAUUUCUAGUACGCGCGUGGAUUGGCAAAACCAGCUUGGCAAUACUCCACUUCACUAUUUGGUGUCAGCGAACCACACAUUUCUCAUUCACCAUCAUGGUACAAAAGCCCUAUUAGACGUCGGAGCGAAUAGCCGUAUGAAGAACAAGAACUGUCUGACUCCUGUGGAAGAGUACGAUCGGAACGAGUGUAGGAAGUAUGAUGAUAUUAUUAAAAAAUACGAGAUCUUGCAACUUCUACAAAGUGACGUAGUUCCUGGAAUAAUUCUUUCAGGAGGUGCAGAAGCUGUAAAGGUUUUUAAUGAAGAGUUAGAAACGGGAGAAAUCACAGUAAACCAUGCACGAUUAAUGAUGACUGGUAAAAAUGGUGUGGGGAAGUCGUGUCUCGUUAACACACUUCUUGAUAAACGAUUUAAUGAGGAGGAACAAUCAACCGACGGCAUAGUAUUGACCACUGCUUUUCAAACCACGGACAAUGAGUGUAGUAAAUGGAAAGAGCAGAAUGUGGAUGAGUGUGAACGAAUUAAGCAGAUGUAUGAAAAUGCAUUAGAAAGUAAUGUUGCAGAAAAAUUAAAAAGGAAAAACAGCGAAACAGAUACAUCUAAUGUGACACCGGCUACAAAAUCACAACUACCAGCCACCUCUCUCACAGCAGCACCUGUAUCUCAAUCUGAGCACGUCAUGACGUCGAAACCAACUGGAGCAAAAGGAGGAAACGAAACAGGCACAGGGAUUACAGGGACUACCAUUAGCCCAAGACAAGUAUUCACAUCGGAAAUACAAACAAAAAUUUUGAAGAGAAUGACUAGGAAGACCUCAGGGACGGUUAGAAACGACGAUAUCACUUACAUUUGGGACUUCGCUGGCCAGCAACUGUAUUACAUAACCCAUCGAAUAUUUCUAACGAGCGAGGCUGUGUAUUUGAUUUUGUUUAAUUUAAUGGAAAGUAUGCAUGCCAAAGGGAAGUGUAGAGUCUCCAGAAUGGCAAAAGACAUGACGUACAAUAUGACAAAUAUACAGAUCAUAAAAUAUUGGAUGAGGUUGAUCUUUACCUAUGCCGUUCCAGCUGGGUCACAAUGGAAGCCUCGACAGAAAGUCAAGAAACCUCAAAUUGUGGUGGUUGGCACCCACAGUGAGAGCCUGUUUGGGACCGAUGAAGAAAAGAGGAAACGGAUUGAAGACCAGUAUAGUAUCAUAUUCGAAGAAAUCAGAGACACGCCAUAUGAAUGCCACGUUUCGAGAAAAAUGUACGCCAUUGACAACAAGUAUACAUCGCAAAGUGCUGAGGCAUUAAAAUCACUUAAACAAGAUGUUGGUGAAUUACUGAAAGCAAUGCCCAAAACGAUCCCACUUAAGUGGCUUGAAUUUCAAUAUAUGCUGCAGGAGAUUGGUAAGAAGUCAGUCCACAUGCAAUAUGCUGAGGUUUGCAAAGUUGCCACCAAAUGCGGGAUCUCCAUGAAGAAUCUCCUAUACGCUCUCAAGUACUUACAUGAUCUUGGAAUCAUUUUGUACUUUGAGAAGAACGAACUGCUGAGGCAUACAGUGAUUACAGACCCAAGGAAGUUGAUUAUCAUCUUCAAGAAAAUUAUCACAGAAGUAAAACAUUAUGAUGAGGAUAAGUGGCCUUCAAUGAUCAAGCUAUGGAAUAAACUUGAUGAUGAAGGUGUACUUGAAGAAGAGUUAGCCAGACAUCUCUGGAGAAAUGAGCUUAGCGAAGAUGAAACUUUGUUUGAGGUCUUCUUAGAAUUGAUGAAGCAAUUUGGACUUCUUUGCGAACAAGUUAAGGUUUUAGAGUUUUUGAAGAAAGAGCUGAUAGUGUUGACAUCUGGAAUGAAGCAUGCCGGUUAUACGUUAUGCGUCAUGUGCUGGGCAGGCUUUCAAGACAUGCACUUCCACAAACUGGAAGACUGCUUGAAGAACGAUUUUAUCCGAUGCGGAGAAAACUUGGUAAUUACAAGUAAACUACAGAGGAAGUUUAAAGAUCCAACAGAAUCAGCAAGUUCCAGCAAUAAAGAAGAAGCACCAGAUAGACGUCUUGGUUAUUUGGAAGAAAGGGAUUUGCUUCUAAUCAGUAAAAACAUAGGAGAGGAAUUUAAGCAGCUGGGUGUCAGACUGGGCUUCAGUUGGAAAACGGUGAAGCAAAUAUGUUAUAAUCGCAAACAGUUGUUAGAGUGCACAAUGGAGAUGCUUACCAAAUGGAGGAAUCGACAGACCUCCGAGACAAAUCAAGUGGAGGCAAUGGCUAGAGCUUUGAAAGAACAAGGACUCACAAAACUCGCUAAUAAGGUCUUCGGCUCACAAACAGCAGAGUGUCAGCCAUCCAGUGUAAAGGCAUACGAAGAUCAUGCUAGGGGAAGACCACUUAUAAAGGAAAAAGAACACGAUGGUCGUUUGGCUGAUAUUGACAUGUUAUUUAUUGGCGAAAGGCUCGACAAAGAUUGGAAAAUCUUUGGCAUCUAUCUGGGUCUGAAACGAUCUGAAAUCAAUCAGAUUGAGUCAGAUUAUUCACCACCGUUGGUGGACGCCAGUCUUGAGAUGUUGGUAAAGUGGCGAGAAAAGCAGGAAGAUGAAGUAAAUCACCUAGUAAAGAUGACUGAUGCUUUGAACCAACUUGAAAGAAGCGACAUCAUUGAAGAAUUACAAACCUACUACCGUGAAAAGUAUCUUAGCGCAGCGUGACAAUAUCUUAGCGCAGCGUGAAAGGUUUGGUUCCCAACUUUUAGGUCAGGGCUUCAAUCCCUCGCUCUGCAUUUCGCUUGUGUCCUUGAGCAAGGCACUUUAUCUGCAU